UACGAGAAGACACUCCGAUGACGUCUUUACGUGUUCGAUUUAUGACGUGGUAUGACAGGCAAUGUGACACUCGAAAGAGACGGUAAACGCAUUUUUGGUCCCACCGCAGCCAUUUAUAAUACGAAUGCGCGCAAAACGUAGCCAACAUGUCUAGAUACGUUUGUUAUGCAAAACCGUUAUCAUGAGUCAUGUGACUCCCCAUUCGUUCUGUUAGGCUUUUCACCACGUCUACAAGAAAUCUGCUAUUUCGCGGUUUAGAAUUAUAACAAAGUCGUCGCCGUGCUCAAAAGAAUAACGAAAAAAUUGCGUAUUUUCAAUCGACAAAAAGCGUUCCUGCACGUGACCCUACGUGCACGUGCUCGAAAGUGCCUGACCACAUCUGGGUGUGUCACACACACAAAAUGGAUACAAGAUGGAUAGCGGUGAAGGCACAAUACUACGGUCUCACUAAUGGAAUCCUUGUUGAAGAGCGUUCGAAUGCGUCAGCAGCAAGCCGCGAUCGAGGCCAAUUGAGACCCACCAUCCCAUCAAUCGCCCUGUUUCCAUCUCCUCUGCCUCGUCGAGAGCUCGAGUACAUCAGGAACAUCCAACCUCUGAUCAACGAACUGUACGACAACGUGAGUAGAGACUACGCGUUUAUCAGGAAGGCUCUAGAACGAGUUAUCGAAACUGAUGAAUUCACUAGCCAACUUGUCAAUAUCCUAGAAAUCGUGGAAAGAGAACAACUAUACAAAAACAAGACGACGACAUUUGGUUUGAUUCGAUCAGACUACAUGAGAGAGUCAAGACCAGAGGCUUGCAGUAGUCUAACAGCUAUGAAGCAGACCGAAGUCAACACAGUGGCUGCUUCUACUGCCUGCGUAGCCGAACGAAUCCCUCAAUUUCACAGAUUUACAGUAACUCUAAGAGAUGGUUUCCGUCCAGACAACUACAAUCCUGAACUUCCUACCCCUUCAAAUGGUAAAGGACUUGCAGAGGGGUUGGUCUCGGCAUGGAAACAGUACAACUCCGAAAGAUCUGUUAUUGUCAUGAUUGUGGGUGAGGGUGAAUGGAACACUUACGAUAUGUUUCAUCUGGAGACUCUCUUGUUACAAUCCUAUGGCGUGAAAGUCGUUCAAGUUAUCUUUGAUGACGUCAUCAAAGGAGGUCCAAAGGAAGCAAAAUUGCGUGAAGAUGGAGCUCUCAUCAUAGAUGGUCACGAGGUAGCGAUAACUUAUUUCCGAUUUGGCUAUUCGCCGGAACAUUAUCCAUCCCAGAAGUAUUGGGAUGUUCGGUUGUUGUUUGAACGAUCACGAAGUAUCCAGUGUCCUUCAGUGGCUCUUCAUCUUGCAGGCACAAAGAAAGUGCAGCAGGAAUUGGCAACACCAGGAGCACUCGAACGGUUUUUGAGCAAUCGUGAUGCAGUGGAGAAAGUGCAAGCAGUGUUUCUAAAGAUGUAUGCAUUGGACCAGACUCCAGAAGGUGACAAAGCUGCUGCAAGCGCUAUUGCAGACCCCUUCAACUACAUUAUGAAACCCCAACGCGAGGGCGGUGGCUCAAAUCUAUACAACGAAGACAUCAAGAAAACUUUGAUUGAUCUGAAGGACAGUGUUGCCAGGAGCUCUUACACAAUCCAGGACAGAAUCUAUCCUGUAGAAAACACAAACGUCUUUCUUAAACCAGGACGUUUGGACGAAUUAAAGCAGCUGAAAGUUGUUGAAGAGAUAGGAAUCUUUGGAACCUAUGUACGGACUGAUGACAAGUUUGUUACCAAUUCUGUUCCUGGACACUACAUGAGAGUUAAGGAGUCUGACAUGGGAGAGGGCUGCAUGCUGCUCGGAUAUGCUGCUAUUGGAUCUCCAUGGCUCUACUGACAAUUCCAGAACUAUUUUAACAUCAAAAUUUAUUUCUUUGUAAAAUUUCACAACAGCAGGAGAUGCAAUGCUUUGCACACGUUCAGAUGUUAGUAUCGAAUAUAUUGCGUUCUGUCUUGAUUAAAUAAAACACUAAGGUCGUGUAUUAUUG